CCAAUAAACUCGACAGAAGAAGAAGAAGUAGUGUGGCGUUCAGGUCAGGAUGGUGUCCGCAGGGGAGCUGCUGUGUCUCUUGUCGGUUUCAGUGCUGUGGGGAUGCACCAACCCGUUCCUAAAGAAAGGCACAGAGGGAAUAGAAAAAGUCACUAAAGCUAACAAAGUGUCACAGCUGCUGGCUGAACUAAAGUUCCUGUUCCUUAAUCUCAAGUACCUGAUCCCGUUCCUUCUGAACCAGAGUGGAUCUUUGGUCUACUAUUACACUCUUUCCACUACAGAGUUAUCUCUUGCUGUUCCUGUGGCUAAUGCUCUUGCGUUCCUUUGCACUCUUCUCACUGGCAAGUUAGUAGGUGAAGAAUUUGGCGGCAAACAAGCAGUUUUUGGAAUGUUCCUCACCAUGAUGGGCAUCAUGCUGUGCAUUGUCAGCUCCAUGGACGACAAAGAAACCGGGAAGCAGAAUUUGACCCAGACCGUGCAGUAGGGGCAAGGGGCCAUUUGUUGACCAGAUGAAGAUUUAAGUGAACUUGCAUCAGCACUGUCCAGUGAGUUAUUAGUCGACACGGAAAGAACACCGUGUAUUUGGAGCUGGAGAAUUUAGAUUCCUGCAGUGAGUCUGGUGGGAUAGUGGUGACUAAAUUAACUUUGUGUCAGUUUCAAAAGACUUGUCCACAAAGUCUUUCAGACAGUUGAAUGGAAGCAGGUUCAUGUGGGGGUCAGUACAGGCCUCAGCUGGAUUUAUGUUGCUUGCAGAGAAAUCAGCAGUUGUUAACUUUUACUUUAAAGCAAACCACUGUCUCGCAAUGUGAGUGGCCUCUGAAGAAACGUUUACUGCAGCUGUGAUGUCUUUGGGAAAGAGCUGGAGAACCGCUGAACUGUUUGAGGAUAAAUUUAUUUAUUUGACUGUCGUUUUUUGCACAUGAUGGUUGAUGGAACAGUUUUUUUGUGCUGUUCUUCUUCAACAAAGAGUAACUUGAAGUACUUUAAGUUGAAAGGUGUCCACCAAGAAUACUACAUGUUAGAGAAGUGACACAUUUACACACUUGAUAAACUGUCUGAGUAAAAAUAAAAUGCAUAUAUCCUGUUAUACAGAAAAUCUGCAUCACACCUGAUCCCUGUAAAUAUAACACAAUGGAAUGUAAGACAUCUGUAUCAUAUAAUCCAUCUCCAUCAGUCAUGCAGCACUCACUGAAUGGUGUAAAUUGUAAUUAUGCAUCCUUUAAAAAAAGAAGGUAUGUUCAAAGUUUUAGGGUUUCUAAAGAUAAACGCUACUGUGACUGAAAGAGGCUACAACACUUGCAAAUUAA